AUGGUCUCGGUCAAGUCAAUCGGUGUCAAGGGCCUGGCUGCCACUUCGGUCGGGCUCUUUUCUCUCGUUAGUUGUGCUCCUAUAAGCGCAACCGACGCAACCAGCAUCACUGAGGCUGUCACUGGUAGCACCAAUGUUGCUACCACUUCCAACUCGCCAUCAGCCCCAAAUAAUACGCUCUCGCCGGAAACGACUGGUUCCGAUGAUGAUCUGCUUCAUGAUCUUCCUCAGAUUCCGAAUGCGAAUGUUUCUGACAAUGCCGAGGUGUCGGGCGAGUUGGUAAAUCGAGUUGCCGGCCUCUUUGGCGUAACCACCGCCCAAAUGAUCAGAGUUCAGCUGGAAAAUACCGACCCGGAGCUCGCCGAGCCAGCGAACGGCGUCAGCCCAGGCCAGGCCACCUCCAAAAUCGCCAACUUCAAUGACAACUUCAAGGUCAACCUCCAGCAUAUCGGCGGACCCGACGAGCCUGGAUCCGUGAAAAACACCGCGGCCGAGGAGGCCCAUGAUGAGCGCGUUAACAAGCAUUUCAUGAGACAAAGACAAUCGAGGGAGAAAUUAAUGGUUGGCCUCGUCAACGGCACCCCCUACACCUGGAAGCGCAUCGGAAUAGAAUUCAAUGACAUGGAUCGGAAGAUGUCGCAGACCUUUCGCGAGAUCAUCCUGCCUGGCGAGCCCUUUGCCGCCUACGCCUACACUCACGACAAGAAAGCCAAGGCCAUGGUGCAGUACGAGCUCGUGGGCACCUCGGAGAAGACCUGGUUCACGCUCCGCAUCUCUUCCGGCGAGCCGCACCAGGUCACAGUCGAGUACGGCGGUGCCUUGGAGACAGUCGCCAACGGCAACGAGGGCAAGCGUGGUAGCGUUGUCGACCUCAACGUGGACCGCGGCGUGGCCUGUGCCACCUUUUACCUGACGGGCUCCGAAGGCCGCUUCCUCUCCAACGACGCGCCUGUCAACUGGAUGCACACCAUGCUAGAGGAGAUUGGCAACCACACCCUCCGCGAAAUCAUGCUACCGCGCUCCCACCACGCCGGCAUGUACACCCUCAACGGCGGCGAUGGAGUUGGCUUCGGCGGCCGCGGCAACACCUGGACCCAAGACUACUCCGUGUACGAUCAGCUCAAGAUUGGCGGUGUGCGUGUGAUUGACUCGCGCCUGGUGCUCACGCGCAGGGAGAAGAAGGUGUUUGAGAGCCACGGCAGCAAGGUCGCCGGCGCGUGGCACGGCUCGCUCGGUGUCUCGCACGACUCCAUGAUUAAGCAGAUUAACCGCUUCAACGAUGAAUACCCCGGCGAGCUCAUCAUCAUCGACGUGGACGGGCGUGAAAUGCGCGAUAACAAGAAGUUCAAUCAGCUCGAUGCCGCCGGCGUCGCCCACGUCGUCGAGAGCUUCAAGCGCCUCAAGCACCGCGCCGUGCUCGUCCCCGGCGAGGACAUUGCCCAGAUUCCCAUCAACCGCCUCAUCGGCGACGGCAAGUCCGCCGUCAUCAUCCGCAUGGAGGAGUACCGCACCCGCAACCUGCCCGGCGAGGGCUACCCCAGCGCCACCGAAGGCUUCAUCACCAACAACGAGCUGCCCUACCACAAGCACUGGAGCAACAUGGACAAUGCCGAGAAAAUGCUCAAGGACCAGACCGAGAAGCUAUUGGAGUACAAGGACGGCCGCUUCCGACAGCUGUACGUGUCCGACUUUCUCCUCACGCAAAAGGGCAUCGCCGUCAUCUUUGGCAACCCCAUUCGAGUCAUCAACGAGGCGGCCUGGAAGAAGCUCAUCGAGACGUUUUGGGGCGUCUUCCGCAGAGACGUCUUCCCCAACUGGCUCGCCAUGGACGCGAUUCGCGGCGGCGAGCUCAGAGGCAUCGCCAUGACCGUCAACGAGUGCUUGGUCGCCAAGCGCUGCGGCAAGUUGGGCGACCGCGCCCCAGACGCCGAGGAUAUCAAGCUUGCUCACACCACCAUGACUGCUAAUGCAACCACGACGUAG